AUGAAGUUCACUCUAGGCCUGGGGUCGCGGGCGUGGAGAGUGUCCUGGGAGCGCCCGGGGGAGGGCGGCUGCGCGCUCCGCGGCGGCGCACGGCGCAUUUCCAGCCCGCGGCCCGUCCGCUGCGGCUCACGACUCGCGCGCGCCCUCCCUCUAUGCCUCUCCCGCGGCGGCGGCGCCCGAGCUCUCCCGGACUGCGCCGGGCCCAGCCCCGGCCGCCUCGGCGCCAGACAGCUGGCUGGCCCGCGCGCUAUGGAGCAGACGUACGGCGAGGUGAACCAGCUGGGCGGUGUGUUCGUCAACGGCCGCCCCCUGCCCAACGCCAUCCGCUUGCGCAUCGUGGAGCUGGCGCAGCUGGGCAUCCGACCCUGUGACAUCAGCCGGCAGCUUCGCGUAUCCCACGGCUGCGUGAGCAAGAUCCUGGCGCGCUACAACGAGACAGGGUCCAUCCUGCCCGGGGCCAUCGGGGGCAGCAAACCUCGUGUCACUACCCCCAACGUGGUCAAGCACAUCCGGGACUACAAGCAGGGCGACCCUGGCAUCUUUGCCUGGGAGAUCCGCGACCGGCUGCUGGCCGACGGCGUUUGCGACAAAUACAACGUGCCCUCUGUGAGCUCCAUCAGCCGAAUCCUGCGCAAUAAGAUUGGUAGCCUGGGUCAGCCGGGGCCUUACGAGGCGAGCAAGCAGCCGCCGUCGCAGCCGGCCCUGCCCUACAACCACAUCUACCAAUACCCCUACCCCAGCCCUGUGUCGCCCACGGGCGCCAAGAUGGGCAGCCACCACGGGGUCCCGGGCACAGCAAGCCACGUCAGCAUUCCCCGUUCGUGGCCCUCGGCGCACUCGGUCAGCAAUAUCCUGGGCAUCCGAUCAUUUAUGGAGCAAACAGGGGCUCUGGCUGGGAGCGAAGGUGCCGCCUACUCCCCCAAGAUGGAAGACUGGGCCGGCGUGAACCGCACGGCCUUCCCGGCCACCCCUGGAGUGAAUGGUCUCGAGAAACCUGCCUUGGACGCAGACAUUAAAUACACUCAGUCGGCCUCUGGCCUCUCUGCGGUAGGCGGUUUCCUCCCGGCCUGCGCCUACCCUGCCUCCAACCAGCACGGCGUGUACAGCGCACCGGCCGGCGGCUACCUCGCCCCCGGGCCGCCUUGGUCGCCCGCGCAGGGCCCCCCGCUGGCGCCCCCCGGGGCCGGCGUCACUGUGCACGGCGGGGAGCUGGCCGCAGCGAUGACCUUCAAGCAUCCCAGCCGGGAAGUGGCCGAUCGGAAGCCUCCCAGCCCCGGCGGCAAGGCCCCAGACGGCCUGAGUGGCUUACACGGACUGCCCAUCCCGGCCUCGACCUCCUAG